AUGGAGGAGGGGUCUGGCACUGGGGGGGAGCCAGGGGUGGCCGAGCCCGUGCUCCACGCUGCACUCCACGUGAGGGCGGUCAGCCUGGUGGGGUUCCUGCUCCAAAAGUUUCGCACCAAGCAGCCGACCAGCCAGGCGGAGAUGCUGGCGAUCGUCGGCGAGGAUGAGCAGGACGCCUUCCCCGGGAUCCUGGGCCAGGCGUCCGAGUGCAUGCGGCUGGUGUUCGGCGUGGAGGUGAAGGAAGUGGACCCCAGCGAGCACUCCUACGUCCUGGUCACCGUCCUGGGCCUCACCUGCGAUGCGAUGCUGAGCGGUGAGCAGGGCCCGCCCAAGACCGGCCUCCUGGUGGUGCUCCUGGGGGUGAUCCUCCUGGAGGGCGACCGUGCCCCCGAGGAGGUGGUGUGGGAAGCGCUGGGGGUCAUGGGGGUGUAUGCCGGCGAGGAGCACAUCAUCUUUGGGGAGCCCCGGGAGCUCCUGACCAACGUCUGGGUGCAGGAAGGGUACCUGGAGUACCAGCAGGUGCCCGGCUGUGACCCUGCCCGCUACGAGUUCCUGUGGGGUCCCAGGGCCCACAUGGAAACCAGCAGGAUGCAGGUGCUGGAGUAUUUGCUGCGGGUCUAUCCCGGGCUGCCGGUUUCCUCCCUGGCCCCCUCUGAAGAGGCUAUGAGCCAUGAGGAAGAGGGAGCCUGA